UUUUUGAAACUAAAAAACAUCAUUCUCUGUGAAAGGCUAAUACCAACUUACUAAAACCAUGAGAAAUAGAGUGAAUGUAUCUAAAGUAGGCGAAUCAGAGAAUUCGAGUCAAGCUGGAAUGGAUUUUUCUGAUGAUCAAGUCGUAUUGAAUAGUGAGAGUUUGGAAGUGAGAUUAGAGAAACUAAGAGAGACAUAUAAAAAUGGGAAAACUAGGAGUUCUGCUUGGAGAAAAACUCAAUUGAAAGCUAUUCUUAAACUUCUUCGUGAAAAUGAAGAUGAAAUUUACAAAGCUUUAGAUGAUGAUCUUGGAAAGCCACGCGUUGAAACAUACCGCGAUGAAAUUGGAGUUCUGGUGAAAUCCUUAAAUUUUGCUUUAAGCAGUUUGGAUAAGUGGAUGUCCCCUAAAUCUGGAAGAAUACCACUGCUCUUUUUUCCAGCCUCGGGAGAAGUAGUACCUGAACCCCUUGGCCUUGUUCUCAUUUUCUCCUCAUGGAACUUCCCGUUAAAUUUAGCAUUGGAACCGGUGAUUGGAGCCAUAUCCGCUGGAAACACUGUGGUUCUAAAACCAUCAGAGCUUGCACCCUCAUGUUCAUCAUUUCUAGCCAACACCAUCCCUUGGUACUUGGACAAUGAUGCCAUUAAAGUCAUUGAAGGUGGACCAGACGUUGGGGCACAGCUAUUAGAACAUAAAUGGGACAAGAUAUUCUUCACUGGAAAUCCAAGAGUUGGACGUAUUGUCAUGACUGCUGCAGCAAAGCAUCUAACACCUGUUACUCUCGAGUUAGGUGGGAAAUGCCCUGCUAUUGUUGAUUCCCACUUGAGCUCCUCAAAUUUGAAGGUGGCUGUAGACAGAAUAGCAUGGGGGAAAUGGGGGACCUGUGCUGGUCAAACAUGCGCAUCAGUUGAUUAUGUACUUGUUGAAGAAAAACUAGCUCCUACAUUGAUUGAGCUAUUGAAGAAGACACUCAAGAAGUUCCAAUGUGAAGAUCCCAAAAAUGUUGCUAGAGUUGUAAACAAGAGGCAUUUUCUAAGAUUAACCAAUCUCCUACAGGACCCUGGAGUUCGGGAUUCCAUUGUGCAUGGUGGCUCACAGGAUGAAGCAAAACUGUUAAUUGAGCCAACAAUUUUGUUGGAUCCUCCACUGGAAGCUGAGAUCAUGACUGAAGAAAUCUUUGGCCCAUUGCUCCCAGUAAUCACAGUAAAAAGCAUUGACGAGAGCAUAGAGUUUAUAAAUCAAAGGCCUAAACCUCUGGCUCUAUAUGCUUUCACCAACGAUGAAAAUCUCAAGAAGCGGGUGGUAUCACAAACAUCUUCAGGAAGUGUAACAUUCAACGAUGUCAUUGUACAUCUUGUGUGCGAUGAAUUGCCAUUUGGAGGUGUUGGCCAAAGUGGGUUUGGGAAGUACCAUGGAAAAUACUCUUUCGAUACAUUUAGCCACGGGAAAGGAGUUCUUCGCCGCAGUUUCUUAAUUGAAAUUGGACCUAGGUUUCCUCCAUGGAAUGACUUCAAGUUGGCAUUCGUCAAAUUGUGUUAUGAGUUCGAUUACUUUGGAUUGCUUCUUCUCAUGUUGGGUCUGAAGAGAUAUUAGUAGUUAAAAUCCCCCAGAGAGAUGCGGUUUCUAUUGUGUGUGAGAUUCAAUCUUAAUGGAGACAGAUAGUCAUUUAUUGUGUAAUACUGUAAUGUUUGUGUCUUUGGUUUUGCUGCUGAGAUGGGUACAGUUAUUCUGUCCAUGUAUUACUACUGAAAUUUAACCUAUGUUUAUAAGAAAUCUUCACCGUAUGUAUUGUAAUAAGUAUGAAUGGAUGAUGUUAAAUGCAGAUUGUUUUCACUGUGUUGGAA